CCACCAUCUCUCCUCCUCAUCUUCACAAUCUCUCUAUUAUCUUCCCCACACGAAAACCUAAUGACCCAACCCCAACCCCAACCAUGAAAAUGCCCCCCCUCCCAUGGGCAUGGCGACAGCACAAAACCAUGACGCCCUUGAAUUCUACCCAGCGUACUGUUUCAAGGCGUCCCCAACCCACUUCACCUGGGUGAAGAUGGCCGCGGUGGAUGUACUCAGAUUGAAAAGAAGGCCGGAGUUUCCAGAUCCCAAAACCUACUUCCACAAAAACCACCCUAUUUCAUACAUCUCCGUCCUGGGACUAAUAACCUCUCGAACGGAUCUACCAACGCUCACGAUCCUAACGCUCGACGAUAGCAGCGGUGCGACGCUCGACGUUGUGGUUCAGAAAGCCAUCCCUACAAUUUCCACAUCCAUGAUACCACCACCACCACCACCAUCUGGAAUACACACACACAUAUCCCCUACAACCGCCCUUCCGCUGGACAUAAGCCCAUAUACACCGGGGACGCUCGCGCACAUGAAAGGCACGGUGACCACCUUCCGUGGCGUGAACCAGCUGCAGCUCGAGCGGAUAUUCCCUGUGCGGGACACGAACGCUGAGAUGCGGUUCGUGGAUCAGCGGUCGCGGUGUUUGGUGGAGGUGUUGGAUGUGCCGUGGCGGUUGGGGCGGGAGGAGGUGGAGAGGUUGAGAGGGGAGGUGGAAGUGGAAGGAGAGGAUGGAGGUGUUGGUGUUGGUGUGGGUAUGGAUGAGGAGGAGGAGAGGGGGAGACGGAGGAAGAGGAGGAGAGAAGAGAGAGAGGAGAGGGAUCGGAGGAGGAUUUGGAAGAUGUGGGAGAGGGAGGAGAGGGGGAGGGAGAGGGAGGCGGAGCAGAAGAGGAAGGGAGGACAAGGAGCCAAGGUUCAUUAA